UCCUACAUUUCUCGGUGACCAUUUGCUGUUACUAUUAUACCUAAACUUACUUUAAUAUUUAAGACAUAAUGAACACAGAGCAGUCUGAUGAAACUCUCUAUAGUCACGGUGACUGUCCAGCUUCAACACCGGAGGGUUACGGCUCGAAGAAAGGAUCACUGAAAAGUUCUCUCCUUAGAACUCCCUCCUCAAAGAUUAACAGAGUGCACUCCAGCUUCAAAUCACCUCUUCAAGUAACAAAGAAUGCGAAUGUUAGUCCUGCAGAGGAGAUAGCUGAGCUGGAGAAAAGAAGAGACCAGCUGGACUCAGAGAUAGCACAGCUGGAGGCUGAGGGAUGCAGAGUCGGGGAACUGGAGCAUCAUAUCGAUAUGCUGCAUGAAUACAAUGACAUCAAAGACAUUGGACAGUCACUCCUGGGCCGUAUUGCUACUCUCAGGGGGGCCACCACGCGGGAUCUCUACAGCCACUUUGAUCUGGAACUGGAAGACUGAAAAAAAAAAACUGUGAAAUAACAGUGGUGAGAAUGGUCCUCUUGUCCUCUGACCGAGGAGAGACGGCCUUAAAGGGAAAAGACCAAAGAUUGAUUUGAAGGAACUGUGUUGACAUCAACCUGCUCUCUCAGACACAGGUCCGCCUAUUUCCUCUGUGAUUUAGAAUAUAGAAUAUACACUUUUAUUAUUAUUUAACCUCUUUGCUGAGAGAGAUUUCAAAAGUGGGAGUGAGUAUAAUACGAGGAGAAUGAAGCGCUGCAUGCAGACAUUUAAGGCCAUCUAUUCAAACCAUUAGUUAAUGCUUUCUUCUGUUUUGACAUUUGAGCUUAUUGGUUUGGAUAAUUGCUGCAUGAGGGUUUAUUACUUUUCUGACUAUGGUUGGUUAUUUAUCAAAAGAGAGAAUACUCGAGCGUUAACUUAAAGUGUAAAAUAAAAUACACUACCUCUUGGUGCAUUGUGCUUUGUAAGCUGAUAAUAACAUGUAAUAAAUAAAGCUGACAGACCACCACAGACCCUAUGUUCA